GCCACGCCCCCACCCAAAGGGGAGACUCCCGUCCAUCUCUCCGCCGCGGUCACGUGUGGGGGUCAGUCACGUGAAGAGGGCCAGUCACGUGAGGGAGGUCACCUGGGGGCAACCGGCCGCUGGGGCCUGGUCGCCCGUAGCCGCCCCCCCCCCCCCCCCAUGGCGGCCCCGGCGCUGACCCGUGCCCUGACCGCCGCCCCCCGCGCUCUGCGGGUACCGGUGGGGGGCCGGGCCCGGUGCAGCGGGGUGACCCCGCGGUGGGACCCCCCCGAGCAGGCCCGGCUCCGCGCCCGGCAGCACAAGGAGGAGCGGCGGCGGCGGCGGGAGAGGGAGAGACAGAGACAGGCCCUGGGGGGGGCCGGGGCCCAGGUGCCCACAGCCCCCCCCAAGGGCUGGACCCCCAAAACCAUCGUGGAGUAUCAGCACCCCCUGGACCCCGACGGCAAGAAGGCCACGGGGGUGGCGCUGCCCCCCGCCUACAGCCCCCGCUACGUGGAGGCGGCCUGGUACAGCUGGUGGGAGCGGCAGGGCCUCUUCACCCCCCCGGCCUCGGCGCCGGGGGGGGAGCGUCACGUCCUCAGUUUGGUGCUGCCCCCCCCAAACGUCACCGGCUCCCUGCACCUCGGUCACGCGCUCACCGUCGCCCUCCAGGACGCCCUCGUGCGCUGGCGGAGGAUGCAGGGCUGGACUGUGCUGUGGGUGCCGGGCACCGACCACGCCGGCAUCGCCACCCAGGCGGUGGUGGAGCGCUGGCUGUGGCAGCACCGAGGUUUACGGCGUCAGGAUCUGACCCGUUCCCAGUUCCUGGAGGAAGUUUGGGCGUGGAAACAGCGGCACGGUGACGAGAUCCUGCAGCAGCUGCGGGCGCUGGGGGCGUCGCUGGACUGGAGCCGCUGCGCCUUCACCAUGGACCCCGGUUUCUCGCGGGCGGUGGCGGAGGCUUUCGUGCGUUUGCACGAGGCCGGGCUGAUUCACCGCGACCGGCGGCUCGUCACCUGGUCCUGCGCCCUGCGUUCCGCCCUGGCCGACGUGGAGGUGGAACCCCGCGCCCUGACAGGCCCCACGGCUCUGCGCGUCCCCGGCUGCCCCCAGCCCGUCACCUUCGGCCUCCUCGUCACCUUCGCUUACCCCGUGGAGGGCGGGGACGGCCUGGAGCUGCCGGUGGCCACCACGCGCCCCGAGACAAUGCUGGGGGACGUGGCCGUGGCCGUGCACCCCGAGGACCCCCGCUAUACCUCCCUCCAUGGCCGCCAGCUCCGUCACCCCUUCACGGGGCAGCUCCUGCCCGUCGUCACCGACCCCGCUGUGGAGCCCUCCCGCGGCACCGGGGCGGUGAAGGUGACGCCGGGACACAGCCCCCCCGACCUGGCGCUGGCGCGGGCCCACGGGCUGCCCCUGCUCUCCGUCAUCGGCGACGACGGCACCAUGCGUCCCCCGGGCGGGGGGUGGCUCCAGGGCGUCCAUCGCUUCGUGGCGCGGGACAAGGUGGUGGCCGCGCUGGCCGAGCGAGGGCUGUACCGCGGCACCCAGGACCACGCCAUGACGCUGCCCGUGUGCAGCCGCUCGGGUGAUGUCAUCGAGUACCUGCUGAAGAGCCAGUGGUUCCUGCGGUGCCGGGAGAUGGCGCAGCGUGCCCGAGAGGCGGUGACAUCGGGGCGUCUCAAACUCGUCCCCAAAUUUCACGAGAAGAACUGGAAAACGUGGAUGGACAACGUUGGGGACUGGUGCCUCUCGCGGCAGCUGUGGUGGGGACACCGGGUGCCGGCGUACCGGGUGGGGGUUUCCCCGGCGGGGUCCCCCCCCGAGGAGCACCCCGAGGGUCUCUGGGUGGUGGGGCGCAACGAGGCCGAGGCGCGUGCCGCUGCCGCCCGCACCCUCCGCUGCCCCCCCGACGGGCUCCAGCUCCAGCAAGACCCCGAUGUCCUGGAUACCUGGUUCUCCUCCGCGCUCUUCCCCUUCGCCGCCCUGGGCUGGCCUGAGCAGAGCCCCGAUUUGCAGCGUUUCUACCCCACCAGCGUGCUGGAGACGGGCAGCGAUCUCCUCUUCUUCUGGGUGGCGCGAAUGGUCAUGCUGGGCCAGCAGCUCACCGGGCGCCUGCCCUUCUCCCAGGUCCUCCUGCACUCGCUGGUGCGCGACACCCACGGGCGCAAGAUGAGCAAAUCCCUGGGCAACGUCAUCGACCCCCGUGACGUCAUCGCCGGCGCCUCCCUUCAGGAGCUGCAGGACAAGCUCCACCGCAGGAUCCUGGACCCCCACGAGCUCACGGUGGCCACAGAGGGCCAGAGGCGCCAGUUCCCCCACGGCAUCCCCGAGUGCGGCACCGACGCCCUCCGCAUGGCCCUCUGCUCCCACAACGUCCACGGUGACGACAUCCGCCUGGACGUGGGCACGGCCCUGAGCUACCGUCGCUUCUGCAACAAGAUCUGGAACGCCGUCAAGUUUGUCCUGGCCGCGUUGGGGCCUCGUUUUGUCCCCCGACCCUCUGAGGAGACGGUGCCGCAGCGCCCCAUGGACCAGUGGGUGCUGAGCCGGCUGGCGCAGGCGGUGGCCGAGUGCGGGCGGCGGAUGGAGGCCCUGGAGGUCCACGGCGCCGUCGCCGCCGUCCACCAUUUUUGGCUGCGUAGCUUCUGCGACGUCUACCUGGAGACGGCCAAACCCGCCCUGCGGGACCCGGGAGCCGGGGACGAGACGCGCCGGACCCUGCUGAGCUGCGCCGAGCUGGGCCUUCGCCUCCUGGCCCCCUUCGCCCCCUUCCUCGCCGAGGAGCUCUGGCAGCGCCUGCCCCACGCCGCCCCCGCGCCCACCACCCUCUGCCUCGCCCCCUUCCCCGACGCCGCACGCCUGGCGCACUGGCGCUGCCCCGAGGUGGAGGCCGAGGUGGCGGCCGUGCAGGAGGUGGUGAGGGCGGCGCGAGGCCUGCGGGAUCUCUUCCGCCUCGGGGCUGCCCGGCCCCCCGUGGCGGUGCGAUGCCCGGCGGAGGCGCGGGAUUGGCUGGAGGCUCUAGGCCCCGCCCUCCAGACCUUGGCACAGGUGGGACCUCUACAGCUCCUCCCCCUGGGGGCGGAGCCAUCGCCGGGGGCGGAGCCAGAGCUGGGGCCUGGUUGGGUGGGGGCCCCCGCAGGCCCCGACACCCACGUGUACCUCUGCCUGCGGGGGCUGGUGGAUCCGGCGGCCGCCCAGGCCCAGCUCCGCGCCCGCAGCCGCAGCCUCCGGCGUCACCUCGAGACCCUGGGGGGGGCCCAGGGCCCCCCCAGCCAGCAGCAGGUUGCCACCCUCCGCUCCGAACUCGCCCGCCUGACCCGAGCGCUGGAGACGCUGGACCCCCCCGGGGACCCCAACACCCAAUAAACCCCCCAAAAACCUC